AACAAAAAAAUUGAGCCUAAAACCUGUGCUUCAAUAUGAAAAGUUUCUCGUGAGUUACUACUAAUAUUCAAUUAGAGAAAUCCUAAAAAAAGAGGGUAGUUUUCAUUUCAAGUCAAUAAACGGCAACGGCGUAGCCACGGUCCAGGGUCGUCUCCGUCAUUACACGGUUCGGUAGCUGCACUCAAUUAAUUAAUUGAUUUACCAAAAAAUUUAAAAUUAAAAAGGAGAAAAGAAAAAAGAAAAAACGAGCUGGAAAGUAAAGUGAGUUUCAUUUCAUUCAUCAAUUGCAGUUUCUCAUCGUAGAUUUUGAGUUUCUACUGCUUCCUCUCUCAAAUUCCUUACAUCGCUCAACAUGAUCCGAUUCAUUCUGCUGCAGAACAGGCAGGGGAAAACCCGUUUGGCGAAAUACUAUGUCCCUCUCGAGGAUUCCGAGAAGCACAAGGUCGAAUACGAGGUUCAUCGCCUCGUUGUUAAUCGAGACCCCAAAUACACUAACUUCGUUGAGUUUAGGACUCACAAGGUAAUAUAUAGGAGAUAUGCUGGCUUGUUCUUCUCUCUAUGUGUUGACAUUACUGAUAAUGAGCUUGCUUACUUGGAGUGCAUCCAUCUAUUUGUGGAGAUUUUGGAUCACUUCUUUAGCAAUGUAUAUCUUAUACUUGAUGAAUUCAUUCUAGCGGGUGAAUUGCAAGAAACUAGUAAAAAGGCUAUCAUAGAGAGAAUGGGGGAACUAGAAAAACUUGAGUAAAAUAUUACAAUACAUUGGCAGUUUGGAGAUUUUGAUGAUUUGCGCAUGUAUCUCAGCAUAAUUCUUGUAAUUCAAUUGUGAUACAGAAUUCCGAAAAUAUUUUUCCUUGAGUAAUGUGUUUAGUAAAUCAGUACCCUACCUUCAACCUAGGCUUUGUUGGCUUGUGUUUAUAUAAAGAAGUCAUUUCACAAAUAUCAUGUUCUUUAAUAACC